UAAUCCCCUUCCCAAACUAGCCCCACUUUUAAAUUACCUUUUCCUGUACAGUUUCUCAGAAGCCAAAGUACAUAAAUCCCCCCUUUCCCAAGAAUCCUUUUUCCUCACAAACACACCUCCCAAACUUCGAAGAGCAGAGAAAGAAACCUUAGAAACUAUAAACCCAAACAAGAAUGUUUGUUCCCGUACAAACACGAGUCGCAAUUCUGCUCCUUGCAGUGUUCAUUUUCUCCAUUACCAACACUACAACCGCAACUGAAACAAAAACCUCAGCUGGCCAUGCAAUCCCAUUUCCCAGCCACGAACACUUUAAUGUCAAACAAACCAUUAAAGAAUCUACAAGAAUCCACCCACCACCAUCUAAAACACAGGGUGUGGCAAAAGAAGAAGAAGAAGAAGAGGAGUUUCCCUGGAAACUCAAGCUUCUUCACAGAGACAAACUGCCUUUUUCCCACUUCACUGAUCAUCCUCACCGUCUCGAAGCUCGCAUGAAAAGAGACGUCAAAAGGGUGGAUACACUCAUUCACAAAAUAACAGGAGGCAAAGCUGCUGCCACCAAUAAUAAUCAUAAUAAUAAUAAUAAUAAUAAUAAUAAUAAUAAUAAUAAUAAUAAUAAUAAUAAUAAUAAUAAUAAUAACAAUAAUAAAGUUUAUGAGGUGGAGGAAUUCGGGAGUGAGGUGAUUUCGGGCAUGGAGCAAGGAAGUGGAGAAUACUUCGUGAGGAUUGGUGUGGGCAGUCCUGUUAGAGAGCAAUACAUGGUCAUUGAUGCUGGCAGUGAUAUUGUGUGGGUCCAGUGCCAGCCUUGUACCCAGUGCUACCACCAGUCCGACCCGGUAUUUGACCCGUCUCUUUCCGCUUCUUUUUCUGGGGUACCAUGUACCUCAUCCCUCUGUGAACAGGUCGAGAACUCGGGCUGCCACGCAGGUCGCUGCAAAUAUGAAGUCAUGUAUGGCGACGGAUCGUACACGAAGGGGACCAUGGCCCUUGAGACGCUCACUUUUGGUCGCACCGUGGUUCGGGACGUAGCAAUUGGUUGCGGUCACCAUAACGGUGGAAUGUUUAUUGGGGCUGCUGGUUUGUUAGGUCUUGGAGGUGGGUCCAUGUCACUCCUGGGACAACUCGGUGGACAAACGGGCGGUGCAUUUAGUUACUGUUUGGUUAGUCGGGGCACCGGAUCAACCGGAUCACUUGAAUUCGGGCGUGAAAUACUACCCAUGGGUGCAGCGUGGGUACCAUUGAUCCGAAACCCACGGGCCCCUAGUUUCUAUUAUAUUGGCUUGUCGGGUCUUGGAGUUGGAGGAGCACGUGUAGCAAUAUCUGAAGAUAUUUUCAGGUUGACUGAGGUAGGAGAUGGUGGAGUGGUGAUGGACACAGGGACAGCCGUGACAAGGCUUCCGACAGCGGUCUACGAGGCGUUCCGUAAUGCAUUCAUUGCCCAAACUGCUAGCCUUCCACGGGCACCUGCCAUGUCAAUAUUCGACACAUGCUACGAUCUAAACGGGUUUGUGACGGUUCGGGUACCAACCGUUUCGUUUUUCCUCAUGGGUGGUCCAAUUCUAACCCUCCCAGCUAGGAACUUCCUGAUUCCAGUGGACGAAAGGGGCACAUUCUGCUUUGCGUUCGCUCCAUCUCCUACUAGACUUUCCAUUAUUGGGAAUAUCCAGCAAGAAGGCAUCCAAAUUUCUAUUGAUGGGGCAAAUGGUUUCGUGGGAUUUGGCCCCAACAUAUGCUAGGCUGAUAAGACUAUAUAGUAUAUGUAAAGUGAAGUUUUGCUAGUAAAGUAAAUUUCCUUAAAACAAUAUCAUUGAACUAGUAAAGUAUAUAAACCAUAUAUUACAGUAGUAAUUAUGUGCUAAAUUAUGUGGCUAAUCUCCUAUGAUUAUAAUCCCAAAGGUAAUAUAAUUUUCAACUAGUUUAGAUA